CUUUAGACAUAGUCUGAUAUGAUUGAAUGUUACCGUCAAGUCAUCUCAGCUUCAACGGGGGCAGGCUCCAGUGCAUUUCUAUCGAUAUAUGCCACUUCCUAGCAAGUCUCAAUUCGUUGGCCCCCAUCGGCGCCACCGUUUCCGACAGCGAGAGCAAUAAUUAAACUUCCUAGUCUGACCUUUCAUACGAAUUGUCACUUAGUAAGGAUUGGCGUUGAGCCCCUGCAUAAGCUGAAUAACGACUAGGAUUGUUCACCUUAUUACAUAAGAUUAUCAAUCCGCAGCACUGCUAUUCUGAAUGGCUGUGACAUCCUCAGCCCUACUAACUCCCUAGAAUUUCACCGGUUGACCCGCGCUAUAAUUGGACACCAUCCAUUCAUAGGGUCAAUCCGAGGUGAAGCUCUACCGGCGUCCUCCAGGGCGACAAUUAUAUCUGAAACUCGGUUCUGUAGGACUUCAGUUGACUAGCCUAUUAUCGAAGUCCUGCAAAUCACCGCAGUGGAUAUAUCUUCAAGGUCAGCCUCUUCCUCAGUUGCAAUGCUGCAGCAAUCAUACCAUAAGCCUUUAGUAAACGCGAUAACCAGACACGAUGUUACCUCUGCUUUCCUUGCUCCUUGCAGCCAUGGCUACCUUUGUCAGUAGCCAACAAAUCUUCAUCAACAAAGUACCGGCCUAUUCAUCUCUUCCUCAUUGUGCUGAACUUCCGUUGAGCUUUAUUGUCCGAGAUAUGGCAUCCGGUUGUGGCGACGGGAGCAAGACGACAUCAUAUUCUUGCUUCUGCACGGCCAGCUCAUCCAAAAUGAGUGGCAUCAUCAGCACUGCCGUAGCUUCGCGAUGCUCAACCGGCCCAACUAAUGCGGCCACCCGGGCCUUGGACGUCUUUUCCUCGUAUUGCAACCCCGAAGGCUCCAACAGAACCAUAACCGGUAAUAUCACUUCACCUGCUGUAGCGAAUGCUACCAUUACUCAGACCGUGACAUCAACUCCAACGACUUCGAUGCCUAUAGAGACAGCUCUUAGCCCAAUACCAUCAUCUAACCUUGCGGGAAAAUAUAGCGCUGAUAUACGAGUGCCUAUAUAUGCUGUAGCUGCUAUAUUAGCGGGUUUUGUCGCUUCAUGAUGAUUGCUAUAGACCUGAGC